AGUCAACAUCGUGUCUAAUUUCACUCUUACACUCCCUCCUUUCCCCUUUCUUCACAUCGUCCUUACUUCUAUAGUCUCCUUUGUGAUCAUAUUCUUGGAAAUCUCGAUAUUCCUCCGCCCUAUUUGACUCUUGCGAGAAAUUGUCCGUGUCCUGUUGGCAGCCAACGCACGGUGCAAGUCACCCCUCCUCGUGGCGGUAGUGAAGACCUCUUCUCCCAGACUUUGUCUCAAAUCUUCUACAACCCUGCUUUUGUUGUUGCGGUCUAACUCGCCAUGGACUCGAUGAGAUCCCUGAAUACGUCGUUGCCGAGCUCAACGCCUCGUCCGCAGCCCCCUGAGCAGCUUCUUCAAUCGUUCAAGGCUGCCGCCCUCUCCGUCACCAAUCUUUACAAGAAUGCUGUUUUUGAACAGGCUCAGGCCAAGCAGGCAGGCUACCAAGAAGCAAUUGAAGAUCUCUUGCACUUCCUAGACCGGGAAAAUCUCGGAUUAUGUGAUGGAGAGGGCUGGAAGGUUCGACAGUGGGCCACGGAACGGAGCGAUGGCAUUGGCGCUCAUAGCGACGACGACGAGGUUGAGAAACAAACCAGAGGCACAACCCCUGCUGCCGUCCGCAAGGCACAGCCCGAAUCUGAACCGACACGUCAAGCAACCAAGUCAACAUCUCCCUCAGUGGACGAGCCGAGAGCCCCGCCACCUCAAGCCUCCUCACCACCGUCGUCUCCUCCAUCGUCCGAAUCCAACACCUUCGACAGACCUACGAUCUUUACCUUUACCGCCGGACCAGCUUUCCCACCCGAGCAGGAUAUGGAUGUGCAGCCCUCAGACAAUUCAACUCCUUCAUCUCAAGACGGCGCCCCCGUCAGCGUUUCAGUACUGCCUCGAAACUCGCGGCAGCAACCUCGGCAUAACAACUUCUCGCGAUCAACUCCUCGAUCAUCCACCCGCGAGUCUUCCGUCGGCCUUGGUUCGAAACGCAAGCUCACAGUGCCCGAUUUUUUCGAUUUAUCUGGACUUGGGAAUCGAGAUCUGUUCGGGGGCGGCAAGCGGGGUCGCUAUACCUGAAAGAAUGUUGUAUCGACGAUCAGACGAACUUCAUAUUCCUAUGGUUACGCAGCGGCUAUUAGUGCAUUGAUCAUUUUCUUCUUGUUCAUCCUGGUGCAUGUGUCGGAGUCUUGCAUGUGGCUCCUAGGCCACGGUCAUUUACUUCUCUUUUUGUUCUCGCCCUCUUCCUAUCUCUUCGAUUGUAUUUUCUUUCUUUUCAUUUUCUUCUUACUCUUUCCUUUUCUGCUUCAGAAUCAUGAAAUUUAUAGACGUUAACAGGCUCUGGCGAUACCCCACGAGGCAGCUCGUGUCAAUGCUAAUCGUAUGAA